ACGCAAAGAAACGUAAUUGCGCGCACGCAAUUCUCAUUCAAGUAGCUUUCGAAUAAGGAAGAUGGCGGCUGCAGCAGUGGUUGAGUUUCAGAGAGCCCAGUCUCUCAUUAGCACGGACCGGAAUGCUUCAAUAGACAUUCUCCAUUCAAUAGUAAGGAGAGAUGUACAAGAAAACGAUGAGGAAGCUGUCAGGGUCAAAGAACAGAGCAUCUUGGAGCUGGGGACGCUCUUGGCCAAAACAGGCCAGGCAGCAGAACUUGGUGGUCUGCUGAAAUUUGUAAGGCCGUUUCUGAUUUCCAUCAGCAAAGCCAAAGCAGCUCGACUGGUUCGCUCUUUGCUAGAUCUGUUUCUUGACAUGGAGGCAGCUACGGGUCAGGAAGUGGAACUGUGUCUUGAAUGCAUUGAGUGGGCCAAGGCUGAGAAGAGGACCUUCCUACGACAGGCUCUGGAGACACGGCUGAUCUCACUUUAUUUUGACACCAAAAGAUACCAGGAGGCCUUGGCACUUGGCACCCAGUUGCUUCAGGAGCUGAAAAAGAUGGAUGACAAAGCUCUGCUGGUGGAGGUCCAGCUGCUUGAAAGCAAGACGUACCACGCUCUCAGUAACCUGCCUAAAGCCCGUGCUGCCCUCACAUCAGCCAGAACCACAGCUAACGCCAUCUACUGUCCCCCGAAGCUGCAGGCAGCACUUGAUAUGCAGUCAGGAAUCAUCCAUGCGGCAGAAGAGAAAGACUGGAAGACGGCCUACUCCUACUUCUUUGAGGCAUUUGAAGGCUAUGACUCCAUUGACAGCCCCAGAGCCAUCACAGCACUCAAAUACAUGCUUCUCUGUAAAAUUGUACUUAACUUGCCAGAAGAAGUUCAGGCCCUGAUCAGUGGAAAGCUUGCUCUACGAUAUGCGGGACGACAGACAGAUGCACUGAAAUGUGUUGCACAGGCGAGCAAAAACAGAUCAUUAGCAGAUUUUAACAAGGCCUUAACAGAGUUCAAAGCAGAACUGAGGGACGACCCAAUUAUCAACACUCACUUGGCCAAGCUAUAUGACAACCUGCUGGAGCAGAACCUCAUCCGUGUCAUCGAGCCUUUUUCCAGAGUACAGAUAGAACACAUAUCACAUUUAAUCAAACUGUCAAAGGGAGUUGUUGAAAGGAAAUUAUCACAAAUGAUUCUUGACAAAAAGUUUCACGGAAUCCUUGACCAAGGUGAAGGCGUCUUGAUUAUAUUUGAAGAGCCCCCAGUGGACAAAACAUACGAGGCAGCUUUGGAAACCAUUCAGAACAUGAGCAAAGUUGUGGACUCGCUUUACAACAAAGCUAAGAAGCUGACAUAGAGAAGACUACCAUGGCAGUGUGAUGGAGGAACUGUGUGUGUUUGUCCUGCGUGUGCAACAUUUUAAAUAGGGGGAAGAGGAAGGAACGUUAAAAACUGCAACAGGAUUCCCCCAUCAACUCCUUCACAAUGGACAAUUCCAACCAUUUUUUUUGUUUUUUUUCCUCUUUAUUUUGAUAUCUCUUCAGGAUUCUAUAUAACACUCAGUGGCCAAAUCAGGCCUUCAGGGAAAAUUGUACAACCAUAAUAGAGAUUUAAAGGUUAAAGAAAACAUACGUUUAUAUCUGUGAAAAGGUCGGGGCUAAUCAAGCCUCUGGUUGUGACUCUACAGGUGCAACUUUGACCUCCGUGGCCUCAGACUCAUCUACAGAUUCAUGUCUGUAGUGAUGGGGCUUUUUCUUUCUUUCAGAAGCACACCGUUGAGUUUUCAGAAGGUUGGGAUUGACAGGUUGUUUUGGAAGAGCUCCCACUAGCUCUUAUUUUUCCUCUAUAUUAAUGCCAACAGUUUUGUCAUUAUUGUAUUACACAUGUAUUAAACUUCCUUUUUUUAAAAAAAAAAAAAAAUCAC